AUGGGAGUAUAUGAGAAUAAGGAUUUUAAUUCAGAUGAUGAUUGUGCAACAGUCAGAGGUGAUGAAUCAGAAGCAGAACACACUGAUUUUCUAAUUUAUAAUAAUAAUAAUAUUGUAAAUUAUGGUAUUAAACGUAUGAGAUCUAAUUCCUCAUUAGGAGAAACUUUUAAUAAUUAUGAUGAUGAAUUACCUGUAUCAAAAUCCAUGGACUGUACUAUAGAAAAUUCAAAUAUGGAUAUAAUUAAUUCUAUUGAUAACAAUGAUGAUUAUAGUAUUAAUAGUGGUAGUAACAGCAGUAGUGAUAAUGGUUAUAAUACUAAUCAUAGUGAGUGUAAUAUUUCUAUUACUGUUAAUACAAAAUCAGAAACUAAAAGAAUGCCACCUUCAAAAAAACAAUUAAUAUCAAAGUCUAAUAUUGGCAAUGAUGAUGGUAUAAAACAAAAGAAAAAUAAUGAUAAUAACAAAGAUAAAGUGACAAAAACUAGAAAAUUGUCUAGAUCACCUAAUAAUAAAAAGAAACAAACAAACAAUAAAUCUUUAAGAUUUCAAAGUACAGACAAUAUUUCUAAUAGUAAUAAACAAAGAUUUAUUUAUAAAGUAAAUGAAAUAGAUAAGAAUGAUAUUUUUACUAGAGAUAGAGCUGGUCAAACUAAUUUACAUAGAGCAUGUCAAGAAGGCAAAUUAGAUAGAGUUAAAUAUCUGAUAGAUAAAGGAUCUGACAUUAAUGCAUGUGAUAAUGCAGGGUGGAGUUCACUUCAUGAAGCUGCAUAUCAUGGAUAUUUAGACAUUGUGUGUUUUCUAUUAGAAAAUGGAGCAGAAGUUAAUGCCAUUUCAUAUGAUGAAUUGGACACCCCACUUCAUGACGCAUGUGCUGAAGGCCAUGAAGAUAUCAUUAGAGUUUUGUUAGAGUAUGGAGCUGAUCCUGAAAAAACUAAUGUAAAUGAAAAAAGACCUGUAGAUUACACAUCCAAUAAAAAUAUUGUUAAAUUAUUGGGGACAUUUGUGGAAGUUGUUAAAACACCUGUUAAAAAAUCAAACCUUUUAUAUUCAGAUAAAAGACCAUCAAAUGCAUUGUUAUUAAAAAGUGAUGGUGCAAUUGGAAGUAGUAAUGAAGAUGAUGUUCAAACCAAAAAGCCUACAAUUUUAGAAGUAAAUAGUGAUCCUAAAAUGGAUCUUAAAAGUAGAGAUUUGUCUGGAAGAAGUCAGUUGCAUAUUCAUGCCAAGAAAGGUAACAUAGAAAUGGUAGGAAAUUUGAUUGAAGCAGGGGCCAAAAUCAACAUUACUGAUAAUCAUGGACGUACACCAUUACAUGAAUCUGCAUAUGAAGGUCGUUAUGAAAUUGUAAAUAUAUUAGUUGCAAUGGGAGCAAAUAUAAAUGCCACUGAUAACAAAUUCAAUACACCACUUCAUGAUGCAGUUAAGAAUGGUCAUACUGGUGUUGUGGAAGUUCUUUUAUUUAACAAUGCUAAACCUGGUGAAAAAAAUAUCGAGGAUAGGGUACCUUUAGAUUUAGCUAAGUGUAGAAAAGACAUUGUUGAAUUACUAUGCAAAACUCUUCAUUUAAAUCCUGAAGAUUAUUUGUAUCCUAUUAUUAACAAUAAUAAUGAUGAUGAUGAAAUCACAAAAAAAAACAUAAUUGAGCCUCAUGAAGAAAUGCUUGAAUUAGAAGUGAAAGGAGUAUUAAUAGAUAACAAUCAAACAUCAUUAGAUCUAGAGCUUCAAGUUACACCAGAAUAUUUGAAAGAUAAAUAUUCAGGACCAUUAUAUACAGUUCAACUGAACACUAGUACUCCAGGAUAUCCACUUGCUACACCCAUCAUCUCUCCAUCUGGAACAUUAUUUGUUGUAGAUUUACAAGUAGAAUUAAUCUUAAAUUUGAAAAUAAGCACAUUGAUACAAUUAUAUCCAAGUCUUAUCAAUAGAUCUAUCUCAUUAAUGGAAAAAGAAAGACUCUGGCCAUUACUACGUUCUAUGAUAUGGGCACCAUCAAAAUCUAUUAAUCCUUCUGAAGUCGUGGCAUUGGAAGAUCAAAGAAAAUCAAAAUUCUUGGAAGUUCAAAUGCACUUUGUAAAGUAUGAAGAGGCUAUUAAAUUAAUCAAGGAUAAAUUGAAAAAUCUUUAUCUUACAACUGUUGAAUUGGAUAUUUCAGACUACCCAAAUAUAGAUGAUGAUAAAACCAGGAUUAAUUAUGGCUCAAUGGAAAUUGAUAAUGAUAAUAAAUAUCUUCCUAUAACAUAUCCGUUAUCACCCAUUUCACCCAUUGCACCUAAUAGAUUUGAACAAUUAGAAAAACAAUGUUUAUUUGAAUAG